AUGGGCUGCGGACCAAGUGAGCCAAGAGGUGCAACAAACGGGAACUUCACUGUCACCACUGAAAAAACUUGCUUUAAAAUCAAAGUAGAAAAGCCAAACUCUAACGAUGUCAAUGAGUAUACAUACGAAGCAUUUUACCUUGAAAUGCCUCUCUCAGCAUUAAUGAAUUUCCUCAACUUUGACCAAAACCAAGGCGCAAAGAUGGAUGCAAAUUUUAUAUCACGUUUUGAUGCACAAAUAGCAAGAUUCCGGUAUUUCAUUCAGAGGCUUUCGGGGACUGAAAUAGAAAAUGAGAAAAAUCCUUAUGAAGGGAAUAUGUGAGUCCCGUAUAUAAACGGAAAACAAAUCGAUUGGGAUUUUGCAUGUGAAAAAGAUAUGCCAGUUAAGCCUUCAGAUGAAAUUAUUCUUUUUGAAGCUUAAAAGCAUAUUUAAAAUGCAAGAAAAUUUUUAUUUUCUAUGAAAAUAGCUUAUUAAUUUGGAUUUUUCCUUAUUAAUCCUAUUAUUUAUAAAAUAUCUGGAGAUAUGAAAAACUAACAGCUGGAGGAAGCCCUAAUUAA